CCCACCCCAACUAACCUAGCUCCUAACACAUUUUUGCACUCUCCCCCCAGACUGCUAACGCAAGCAACCAAUUUGCCCGAUCAUCUCCAAGUCCCUCCCACAAUGACCGACCCAUUGAAAUCCUACGACUCCUCCGGCCGCCCCAAGCCCGGCGCAGUCUCGCAAAACGUCUACAACAUCGCCGGUAUCUCCGUAACAGUCUACGGCCUCGAUGAACUCCGCUCCCAAGCUACAAAUGUCGCAUGCCUAUGGCUUCUUCACCCGCGUCUUGCGACACAGGAGCGUAUGACUGGUAUCGCGGAGGCGACUAUCAAUGACUGGAAUGGAAAGACUCGGGCUACGCCGUCGGCGAAGGGACUGAUUGCGGUUUCUUUUGACCAGCGGAAUCAUGGGGCGAGGAUGGUCGACCCGCUUGCCAAUGAGGCUUGGAGGCAGGGGAAUCCUCGGCAUGCGCAGGAUAUGUUUUCUAUUUUCCAGGGUACCGCGCGCGAUACCUCACUGCUGAUGGACUAUCUUGCGGCAUUCGUCUUUCCUAAUGGCGAGCACAGGAUCUCGGAGAACCUGGUGCUAGGCGUGUCACUGGGUGGACAUGCCGCGUGGAGCUGCUUGUUGCACGAGCCUCGCAUCAGCGCCGGUGUCGUCAUCAUCGGCUGUCCGGAUUACCUCAAUCUCAUGGUUGACCGUGCUCGUCUCUCCAAAUUACCUUCCUGGACAAAAAGCAACCCCCCCGGCGCAGAGAUUCUCGGCUCGGAGGCUUUCCCGACGUCCUUUGUGGAUAUCGUGAAGCAGUAUGACCCCGCCAGUCUGAUGCUGGGCUAUAUGGAUACUGGCUCGGCCAGCCUGCAACGUGAUGGACCCCUGCCCGAGCCGACGGAGCAACAGAAGCAUGAACUGCGUCCGUUGCUGACGCGGUUAUUAGCCGGCAAGCGGAUUCUGAACUUGUCCGGUGGGAUUGAUAAGUUGGUUCCGUAUGACCGCGGAGAAGCGUUUUUGGAUUGGUUCAAGAGCGCGGUUGGAUCGAAUGGCUGGUUCGGUGAUGGCGGCAUUACCUUUGAGGAUAUCAUUGACCGGUCUGCGGGCCAUGAGGUGACGCCUAAGAUGGUUGACGAGGCUGUUCGGUUCGUGAGUGAGACGCUGGCGUUGGGUACGGAUAAGACGGGCCGGAGAGGCUCGGUGCGGGAGUCGAAGAUCUGAGUGGUGUCAUGAUAGAUAGACUACGAUGUGGUGGAGCUUUGUAAAUAGCAUCGAACGUAUCACCUUGGAAGAAAGUAUGAUAUACGGAUAGACCUUACAAAGAGAGUCGAGUACUGUAUCGCCUUGCUCACACGGCUGAUGUAGCAGUUUCGGCAUAGCAUCAUGGACCGCAAAGUAUAUAUGAGGAUUAGACUCAUGUAGGUUUCGGCGCAGCAGAUGAACUGCGAAACCAAGCCCGGAUAUUGAAUACGAUACCUCGGGGCACACAUACAAUCGAAGAAACGGAGAGCCAGAGUAAGUUUGAGAAAAUCCUCCUUGUGGUAUUUGUUUAACACAAUGUGAAAUCGUAAGGGCAUUCGGAGGCCAUGCUAUGCUGAUUUGCAUACACAAAAACCCUUUUUCUUUUGGAACGCCCCCGAACCAAACCAUCUCGGCUCGUGGCGGCCUUUUUUCGAGUUUUCCGAUCGUCCUCCUCCGACAGGAUAAGACAGUUGAAAAGAUUUCCUCCACAAGACCGAACGCAGACCCCACAGUAAUCCAGUGGGCUACGCUUGCCCCGAUUCACCCGCCUUCUCCCGGGCAAAAAACACCAAUAUUCAACGCUUAUGCGACCAGCUCAACGACACCACCGGCCUCCUUGAUCUUCUGCUCGGCAUCACGGCUGAAGUAGCGGGCACGGACGACGAGGGGGAUCUGGGGGAGACGGCCCUUGCCGAGGACCUUGGAGUAGCCGAGGGGCAGGAGGUCGAUGACGGGGGCGGUGUCGGUCUUCUGGCCGCUCAGGUAGGCAUCACGCUUCUCGGCGGGGACGAGAGUCCACAGCUGUAAAGAGAGAAGAUGACAGUCAGUGGGACUGUUCGAUAGUAUACACAGUUUUCACGAUGCCGGUCCAUUUUGCUUUUUUUUUCCCUUCCCCAUUGUCUUUUGCAGCCACCUUCGCACGUUCUUGUCGCAGUUGUCGUUCUCCAAAGCAUACACAGCGUGUAUCCAGACAGUUUCUCCCUCUCAUGCGCCUUUCCCAUGCUUUUUCUUCUCCCUUUCCCUCAAAAAUGGACCGGCUCGUUCGUAUUCACGAUUUCACGUACCUUGUCGAGGUUGAUGGUGGGCUUCCAGAACUUCUGCUGGGUCUUGUGGAAGUAACGCAUACCAACCUUACCGAAGUAACCGGGAUGGUACUUGUCAAUGUUGGUACGGUGGUGGUGCUGACCACCGGCCAUACCACGACCACCAGGGGACUUGCGGUGCUUGCCGACACGACCGUAACCGGCGGAAACGUGGCCGCGGCUGUGAAGAAGAAGAGAGGUUAGUAUUGUGGUCGUAAAGAUGUGCGAUUCCGAAGGUGUAUGUCGAGCGUCGUGCGAUAUGUAAAAAAAAAGGCGCCAGCGAUAUCGAAAUGUUGCGCCGAUCACGAAUGAAAUUCGAGGAGGGUGGAAAGGGUCGACUCACUGCUUGCGGGUCUUCGACAAACGGGUAGGCAUCUUGUCGGGUGGUGUGUGGACGACAAGACCGGUCUGAGAAUUGGGCGUUGAAAGGGGGAAGCGUCGUGAUGCU